GUCUUGAGUUUGUAAACAUAACCCAACAUUUAUUCCUCCAAAAAUCCGAAGCUUCGUAUCUGAAUUUUACUACAUAAAUAUAGGAAAAAUGAAUAAUAUAGAACUUAAGGCUGAUAAUAAUGUCGAAGAUACGUCUGGAGACGAAACUAGUUUAUUGGUGGUAAUUUUCGAUAGUAAUCCUGGCCAAAAACUACUCAGGGACAAUCCUCACAUGUUGACACAUUGCUUGGAUUCUAUCAUAGCCUUUUCCAAUUCUCAUUUGAUGCAGAAGGCUCAAAAUAAACUUGCAGUGAUGGCUUGCCAUUCCAGAAAAAGCGACUUUAUUUAUCCAGGUGCUGGAAAGCCUUUGGAUAUAAGGCAAAUCGAUGGACAAUAUGAAACCUUCACGCUUGUGGAGAAAACAAUAAAAAAGAAUCUAGCUAAGCAUUUAGCGUCUGAAAGUACCGUUUUGAAUACUGAGUCGCUAUUAGCUGGCGCUAUUGCUAUGGCCCUAUGUUAUAUUGCCAGAUUACAAAGGAUAAAAUCUGCAGGAUGCAAAUUAAAUUGUAGAAUACUAGUGGUGACAGGAAGUAAUGACUCUGCCUCUCAAUAUAUGAAUUAUAUGAAUGUUUUUUUCACGGCUCAGAAACAAAAUGUAGUUAUAGACGUUUGUGCUCUAGAUCAACAUUUGAGCCUAUUGCAACAAGGAUGUGAUAUUACGGGAGGGUUAUAUUUGAAAAUCCCACAGCUUCAAGGGUUAUUGCAAUAUUUAUUGUGGGUCUUUUUACCAGAACCUCCUGUAAGACAAAAACUUGUGCUGCCUCCCCCUGCUAAGGUUGAUUACAGAGCAGCUUGUUUCUGUCAUAGGGAACUUAUUGACAUUGGUUAUGUUUGUUCAGUUUGUUUGUCCAUUUUCUGCAAAUUCAGUCCAAUCUGCACAACUUGCCAUACUGUAUUCAAGAUUCCACCACUUGCAGUGAAGCCUAAGAAAAAGAAACCUAAGUUACAAUUGUGAAUUUAUAUAAGUAAGGUAAUAAAAAUUCUUGAUUUCAAA